CCAUAUCACAGCAUAGCUCGUUUAUAUUUGAGAAAAAUCAAUAAUACAUCAGAAGGUCGAAAUUCUACCAAUGGGCGGUUCCCAUUUCCUCCAGCGAGGUUUGCGUCAAAGGGUCAGUGCGUGUCCCAAACACUUCGUAGUCUUGUCCGCCCUGGGGACUGAUGCCAGGAGUGGAAACUGUAUACGACCGGUAAACAUCUGGGACGGGAAUGUAAACAACUAACUACCAACGGUAACACAAAAUAGCCUUAAACGGAGUGCCACUGGGGCAUAAAGACUGUCCAUCGGGUUUCCAAUGGAAGCGAAUGGUUUCGUGAGAAGGCGUCUGAUGACAGCAGAGAGAGCAGGCGGGGAUGCCGGGGUUGCUGGAGCGUCAGCCGGCGCAGAGGUCCGAUGGCUCGGGGGAAGGAUCUGGGGAGUGUCGGAGAGCCUCGUUGGGAGUUUGUCUCCCAGGAUCGGAGGCGAGACAGAGAUUCAGAAUGUAAUUCAGUUCAGCGGCGGCCCCCCUGAAGUAACGUUGGUAGAUACUUCGGAACCGGACUAUGAGGGUUUGCCGCAGGGCGCUUCGACCAGCACCCACAUGUUUGCAGGAGCAGUGGCUGGGAUCAUGGAGCAUUGCCUGAUGUUCCCCAUCGACUGUGUCAAGACGCGUAUGCAGAGCCUACAGCCUGAGCCUGCUGCCCGCUACCGGAAUGUGAUGGACGCGCUUAGGCGAAUCAUAACCACAGAGGGUGUCUGGCGACCAAUGAGAGGGCUGAAUGCCACGGCCGUGGGGGCGGGACCGGCACACGCUCUCUACUUCGCCUGCUACGAAAAACUGAAGAAGAGUCUGGGUGACGUCAUCCACCCCGGGGCUAACAGCCAUCUGGCCAACGGUGCGGCGGGGUGUGUGGCCACAUUGCUUCAUGACGCAGCCAUGAACCCAUCUGAAGUGGUGAAGCAGCGUUUGCAGAUGUAUAACUCUCCAUACCGUGGUGUGAUGGACUGUGUGCGCGCCGUUUGGCAGAAUGAGGGCGCCGCAGCCUUCUACCGCUCCUACACCACACAGCUCACCAUGAACGUACCCUUCCAGGUGCUCCACUUCAUGACCUACGAGUCCCUCCAGGAGCUCCUCAACCCCCACAGACAGUACAACCCCUCCUCACACAUGGUGUCUGGGGGCCUGGCCGGGGCAAUCGCUGCUGCAGCCACCACCCCUCUGGAUGUCUGCAAGACCCUGCUCAACACCCAGGAGUCCCUGGUGGGGCUCCUCGCUGCAGGCCAGGGUGGAGGUCAGGCACAGGGGACACACAGACACAUCACAGGCCUGGCCCAUGCCUUCCGGACAGUGUACAGGCUGGGCGGCCUGCCUGGGUUCUUUAAAGGAGUCCAGGCCAGGGUGAUCUAUCAGAUGCCCUCCACAGCCAUCAGCUGGUCUGUCUAUGAGUUCUUCAAGUACGGAAUCACCAAGCACCAGCACGAGAAGAGGAUAGCGCAGCGGAGGGAGGGAGAGAAGUAGAGAAGGAAAAAUAAAGAAAAAUCCUAUUUUCUUUCAUCCAUCUCUCUUUGCCAUUCUUCUGUUUUCGCUCUAUCAACCUCCUUCCUUUGCCCUUCGGAGCAUGCAGGUGUUCAGAGCGAGGGAGAAAGGAGAGGAAGAAUCGAUACGCACAUAAACCAACCAAUACCCACCUCUUAUUUACCCCUGUUCAGACAGCCAAUGAGAGAGUCUUCCAGAUGUGGUUCAACUAAUAACAUCCUGCUAAACUGUUUGCAACUGAAAAUGUACAAUUUGCUAUGAAAGUGAAUACGUCAUGUAUUGACACUACGUUAUCAAGGCAUACCCUUAUAACGGACAUAAAUGUCAACCAGAAAAAUAGUUGAUUCUGUUUUGCUAGUCUCCAGCGAGAUUUGUUGUGAAAUAUUUUGCUAACGAAUGUCCAAUCGCUUUCAUAGGUAUUGUUGUGAUGAAUUUGACAACCGCUGUCCUAACUGUCCGUGUUAAAGGUAGACUCAGCAGUAUAACAUCAUCCUACACACCGGGGCCAAUUCCUGCUUAUAGAAAUUAACAGAAUUCCCUUAUUGAGGCGCAGAUUGAAAAGACGCAGUAGAUUUGGAUUCCGUUAUUGUUGAUGUGUGUAAGCGGGAAGUCUCCCAGCUUUGUAUGAUGAUGUUAUAUUGCGGAGUACCUGUAAAGUUGAUUAUUGCGUUAACUGUAUGUGAAUGAGAAUGUUGUUCACUGUAAGCCCCACCAGGGGCCACUGUGACCCUCCCAAUAAAGCUGGAGUAAUAGAAUAUGA